AUGGUUACUAUUAAAUUAUUAUUAUUAUUAUUAUUUGUGUUAUUAUUUAUUUCUUUUUCAAGCUCAAAUAAUCAUAUUGUUUCAUCUUUAUCACUAUUACCAAUUAAAUCAUGUCAAAAUGGAGGUAUUGAUUUAUAUGGUAACUGUAUUUGUUGUUUUGGAUAUUAUGGAAAGGAAUGUGAGAUGGUAGAUACAAGAGAAAGGUGUACACAAUCGACAUUUACAGAAUAUGAUAUUGGUCCAGUUUGUUGUUGGUCAAAACAUAGAACUAUUCAUAAUGCAACCAAUCUCAAAGAGACAACGUCGUGGUCAAUAAGUGACAACUCUAUGCAAACUCAAAACAAAAAGAUUAAAAGAAUGAUCAAGAGUUAUGGACCAUGGGAUGACAAUGAUAUCAACUACUUCAAUCAUAUUCUAAAGUUGGACCAUAUCCAAAGAAAUGGAAGAUUGAAACAAGUCUAUUCUCUCCGAUUCAACAAUGCCACUGACAAGAUACCUCGUUUACCAUCAAUUUGUGACAGUACCAACAAACCACCAUUAGCAUUUAUCAUCAUGUUAACCAACUAUGAUAAAGAAUCAUUUCAAACUUUACUCAAUAUUAUUUAUCAUCCAAAACAUUAUUAUGUAAUUCAUGUGGAUGCAAGAAAUUUCAAAAAGGAAAUUAUAGAUACAAUGAAUAACGAUAUCAAUCAUUUAUUUGUUUCAAGACAACAAAAACAACCACUACAAGAUCCAAUGAAUAUUCAAUUAGUAAAUAUUCCAUUUAAAGGUAAUUGGGGUACUCUUUCAUUGGUUUAUAUGGAGGUUGCAUCGUAUACUUAUUUAUUUGACAUGGUAAAACAAAGAAGAGAGUCAAGAUUGAAAUCAAAUAGUCAUCAUCAUGAUCGACAAAAUACAAUAGUUCAAUGGUCACAUAUAAUCAAUCUAAGUGGACAUGAUAUGCCAACCAAAUCAUUACAUAAAUUGGAAUCAUUUAUUUGUUCAAAUCUAAAUACCAACUAUAUUGAACAUUUUCCAACAAAAGAUAUUUUAAUUAGAUUUCAAAUGACAUCAUUUGAUCAAGGUAAAUGGUUAGUAACAAUUGAUAGAGAGGUAUUUGAAAGCAAUGAUUGUGGUAAGAUGGGAUCACUGUCAAUUUUUGACCCAGAAUCUGGAGGAUAUGGAAGUCAAUGGCAUAUGAUCAGAUAUGAAUUAGCAUAUCAUGCUAUUAGUGAUAUACGAUCGGUAGAGAGAUUAUUGUCACUCAAAUUCACAUCAAUUCCAGAUGAAAGUUACUAUCAAUCGAUUAAACAUUUCUAUCCACAUCUGAAACACCAGUCAUGGAAAGAUCAGGUAAACAGAAAAACAUAUUGGAGUAAAUAUACAUCUGAUACAAGUCAUAGAUAUCGUGUUGAGAAACAUGACAUUGAUUCACUAGUACCAUCCCUAUUGUUUAUACGAAAGGUAUAUGAUCAAGAUGUUAGAAAUUAUAUGAUUGAAAAGUUACAUUUACUCAAAUAA